CAGCACUGCCAUAAUUCUGUGCACUUUGUGAUUCGUGUCAACUAAUGGGUCAAGGCGCUGGCUCUCAUCCCCCAAUCCUCCCUUUGCCCAUUUGGCGGGUUACUCCUUUUUUGAAGCAAUGGCUAAUCUUUGAACAUUACCCCCUACACCUUAUGCUCUGCAGUGUCCUGGUUUCUUUAUUGACUCCUAAGGCACCAAACCGCCGACCGCUACCACGUGACCAUCUCCGUUGUUGAUUCUUGGCGCUCUCGCAGGCAUCCACAACAAAAGCCGUCGAACCAGCUCCACGUUUCAACGCGGUCGAUGUCGAUGUCUGUAUAUCUGGUUCCUUGCCUUCAAACUAAACACGGGUAAUCUUUACCUGAGAGCUUAAAGAGCCAUGCCGCGUGCCAAAAAAGUGCGCGCUCCCACAACAGCUAGUCUUCCUAGCAGUUUGCGCAUCCCCUCUACCACACCUUCCCUUGUCAAGACUCUUGGAAAGCUUCCCCGCCAGUCACUACUAGAUCUCAUCUUUCAAUGGCUCGAUGAUCGCAAUGUGAAACUGUUUGCACCAUUCUUAGAAGACGACGAGGACAAAAACCACGAAGACGAGGGCCUUCGGCCUUACCCAGCGGAGAGUUCACUCAAUGACGUUCGCAAUGCCUACCAAGAGCUACAAGUGAGGAAGGGUGGGAAGCGUGAAGUAAUUGAUCGCAUUCUAGAUGGAGACUGGAGGCAUGGUAUCACACUUCGACAGCUUGCAAUGAUCGACCUGCGUUACUUGGAUGACCACCCGUCUAGUUUGCGAUGGACCGCGUUGGAGCUCACGCGUAUUGGUGUCUCCGGCAGCAACCAAGACUCCUCGAUUGCAGAUAUCUCAGCCUGUAUUCCGCGCAUCCACGCCGCUACCUUCCUCAACAACCUCCAGGAACAAAUCUCCCCUUUAGUGAAAGCACAUUUCUACCUCGCCCGUUCGACCUCCCUACCUCUGACGUUCCUCCGCAUUUUCGUUACGAAUUCGCCUUACCAAAACCCGCGUCAAGCCCCGGAAACCCUCACUGACUCAUCGCGAGUCAUGUACGUUGCAUUCCCAGAUAGCUGCCCGUACAUCUACACUUCUCUUGCGUCUGCCAUAGGAUCUAAAGCAAGCAGUGCUUCCGUCGCAACAGACGCGCGCAGCCUCCAACGCAUUGUACGGGACGCCAUUCCCAAGGCUCUCUCACUCCAACAUCAAAGAUAUUCCAUUAAACCAACCUCCUUAACAGCGAAAAGCCUCCAAGCUCUCCUAUCCCUGCGUGGACCGGGACGCUCCAACAAGGCCAACGGCGCAUUCAGUAUUUUCGCCGACGCAGUACUCGAGGGAAGCCCACUGGACCCACGAAGCUCUCAUACCGUGCGCCCAGAAGAAUACUAUAAACAGGAAUUUGAACCGGGAAAAGAAAACAAGGAUACUAGUCCCGAAACCCAGGAGAAUACCAAAAUUCAAACCCCACUAUCGUCAACCAAACCUACACGUCGCAAACUCGACGCGAACGUGGUCGAACACACAUCCAAGAAACGCAAACUUGCUGUCCAGACCCGCUUCGGCACGUCGGGGCUUGCACUAUCCUCUGCUCCACUAGACCGUCUUGAUAUUCGCAUGCUCGAUCCGCCCAAUCUCUCUGAUGACGAGGAGGAACCCGACGACUACAACGCUCAAUCGGCCCAGCCUGCACUAUCGCUUACGUUCUCCGGCUCCGAUGUUAUUAGCGGUAUCCGAAGACUCGCAGAACUAGGCAUCGUCGAUCCAGAAAGUAUGCCCUCUUGGAUGACAGGUGAAGAUGCCGUCAGUUCAGCCGUUGUUCGGAGAGGACAUCGCAUCACCGAGGAUAUUGGAUGAAGAGAGGAGAAAGGCGGCCAAAAAGGAUACCUUCUCCCUUUUUCAUCUAAUUUUUCUGUUUGAUAGACUAGAUGGUCUAUUAUACAGGACAGCUACGCGAUGGUAUUCAGCUUACCUUUUGCGUUCCUGGGUAGUUUGGCCACGACUGGCGUGGCUAAACUAUGAUUUGGGAAGCUGUCCUCGGGACGGAAUCGCUUCCUGAGACAGGAGCUAGAAGUCCCCAGCGCAUAUUUUUAGAGCUGUGAAGCACUUUUUGACACGGCUGUACGGACAGGUAUAGAACCCUGACGGAGUGCUAGAGGCAGGUUAGAACUACUUUUAUGUUCUACGAAGUGAAUAUAGAAAAAAAAGUCUGCCGAAAGUAGGUUAUGUUAUAUUAGGUGAUGCGGAAAGGAAACUACCUAGCACCGAAAAUACAUAUACAGGACCCCGUCGAAUUUUCCCAACGGCCGGGCCUCCUUGUCUUCCUUCGUUCACUCCGUCCUACCCGGCUAGCAU